AUGGGUGCUUGCUUGUCCAAGAUCGGCCCUGGCUGGCAAUCUAUGUCCCGUUCUUCUUCGACAUCCGCUGUCCCGAAGGAGGAAUCUUUCGAAGGACCUACGCAAAGGCCUGCGAACUUUCAAGAACGACUGGCUAGUUAUAGGAGUACUCGAACAGGCCCCGGAGAAAUGACAACCACAACGAGUCAGCCAACGGACCAGAAGAAGAUCAUCAACUUCGUCAAUGCCGUGUAUUACCCCAAUUGGCGGGUAUACAAUGGGCAGACUCCGAACAAUCUGAACCUUGACAAUGUGUCGCAUGUAUUUUACGCGUUUGCCCACCUCGAUAAAGAUGGUUCUGUGACUCUUAGCGACGAGCAUGUCGACCGUGAAAUAUUGAUUGAUGGCACCCAGGGCUGCGUCAAUGCCUUGAAAGUAAUACAGAGAGACAAAUACCCCGCUCUUAACCUUAUACUAUCCAUCGGUGGAGCCGCCAGCAGCGAGAACUUCGACGGAAUCACAUCAGAUGAGACCCGCCUCCAGAAUCUAGUCACCACUGCCCGGGAGCUCGUCGAUUACCUCGGGCUGAAUGGCAUAGACAUCGACUGGGAACAUCCUUCGAACGAAGUUCAGAGUCAACAGUACACUCAACUCCUUGCACUCCUUCGUGAGGCUAUGCCGUCUCCGCAAUACAUUAUCACAACUGCUGUCCCUGCGGGUAUAUGGGCGUUGAAGAACAUGAAUCUUAGCGAGGUCUCUAAAAGCGUGGACAUGAUAAAUCUCAUGGCAUAUGAUUUCGUUGGACCUUUUCCUGGUAUCAGCGAGUCUGGCCACCACGCGCAACUGAGAUGCCCACAAGGAGGUGAGGAGUGCAGCGUUGCGACCAAGACGUCAGGAGAGGCGGCAAUACACUACCUUCUCGAGCAAGGAGUGCCAAAGGGAAAGAUCGUACUCGGGAUACCAUUAUACGGCAGAUCGUUUCUGGGUGCCACCGGCCCUGGCCAACCGUUUGAUGGCCAUGGCGGACUAGAAGGGGGCGUUUUCGAGUACAAAGAUCUGCCCAUCAUAGAUCGAGGCAAGGCAUCUGGAAGUGAAAGUUCUGACCCCGAUGCCAUCACGCCCUGCGCAGAGCAGUUCGACAAGACUCGAGUGGCAGCGUGGUGUGUGGGUCCUCAGACUGACGAAGGUGGUGGGUUCAUCACUUACGAUAACGAAAUGUCGGUUGAGGCGAAGGCGCGGUAUGUCAAGGAGGAGGAGCUAGGGGGCCUGUUCUAUUGGCACAUUGGGUUUGAUAAGCCGAAGAACGAGGGAAGUCUGGUUGAUGUUGGUGGCGAGGUGCUGGGCGUGGGUCACAAGAGGAGUAGUUGGUUCGCUCGCGCUCGGUGA